GAAAGUUAAGAGGGACGGAAUUUUAAAGUACACAAAAUCUUCAGAGAUAGAGAGAGAUAGAGGAAAGUGAAACCAGCAGUAAUGCUUUUUGUUUUUAUAUUCAUCAAAGAGAUAGCAUAGCAUUAAUAAUGGUGAUGUAUUCCUUUCCCUCCUCGCGCCCACAGAAAGCUGAAAACCUUCGUCUUUCCUCUGAGAAAUCCAGCUUCUAGCUCUUCAGAGAGGAAGUGACUGUCUUGGAGAUUAUUCCUAUACAUUUCUUUUCGUUUAUCUUCAAAUAGAAAUUGCUACUCUGUCUCUCGGUCUCUAUCUCUCUCCUUUUCUGGUUUGUGUUAAAGUUGAGAAUUUCUGGGUUUCCAAAUGACGAGUUGGCGGAGAGUAUUGGAGUCCGUACAGGCCGUGGCAGCCCAUGGCGUCCUCUUGUGCUUCACGCUUUUGUUCGUCUUCAAGCUCGACCAUGUCGUCUCCUACUCCUGGUGGAUUAUUUUUUUCCCGCUUUGGAUAUUUCAUGCAGUUGUUGCCCGAGGGAGAUUCUCAUUACCUGCUCCAUCAGUUCCGCAUAAUCGUAAUUGGGCACCAUGCCAUGCAAUUGUUGCGACACCAUUGCUUGUAGCGUUUGAAUUACUCCUUUGUGUAUAUCUUGAGAGCAUUUAUGUUCAUGGUUUUGCAGCUGUAAACUUGAAGAUGGUCUUUCUUCCCCUACUGGCACUUGAAAUAAUUAUUCUGGCUGAUAAUUUCAGAAUGUGCAGGGCUUUAAUGCCUGGAGAUGAAGAAAGCAUGAGUGAUGAGGCUGUAUGGCAGACGCUUCCUCACUUUUGGGUAGCAAUAUCCAUGGUCUUCUUUGCUGCUGCUACAGUCUUCACCCUCCUGAAGCUGAGUGGUGAUGUGGGUGCUCUUGGCUGGUGGGACUUAUUUAUAAAUUUUGGUAUUGCGGAAUGCUUUGCCUUUCUUGUUUGUACGAAGUGGUCUAAUCCGAUGAUUCAUAGUAACUCUCGCACAAGGGAAGCUAGUUCAUCUUCUGCGACUAUCAGAUAUCUUGACUGGCACAGUGGUUUAGUAGUCUCUCCAGAGGACGAUCAGCAGGAAGAAAGAAUAUGCAGUCUGCAGGACAUUGGUGGCCAUAUCAUGAAAAUUCCAGUGAUUGGUUUUCAAAUCCUCCUUUGUAUGCGCUUAGAGGGAACACCUGCUGAUGCUAAGCAUAUACCACUGCCAGUUCUCUUCUCUCCAGUUUUUCUCCUGCAAGGUGUUGGUCUACUACUUGCUGCCUCUAGGUUGGUGGAGAAAAUUGUACUCUUACUUCAUAGUGGAGCUGGCACAGGAUUAUAUUUUAGAUUUUCUGAAAGAGCUCAUGACUGCUUGGGCUUCUUGCACCAUGGUUCCAGGCUCUUGGGUUGGUGGUCAAUUGAUGAAGGUAGUCGAGAAGAACAGGCCUGGCUUUUACAGCAGGGGGCUUCUGGGUAUAGCACUUUCUGUGGUUAUCCGCCAGAGAUUGUGAAGAAAAUGCCUAAGAAGGAUCUCACAGAGGAGGUUUGGAGACUGCAAGCAGCUUUAGGUGAGCAGGCAGAAAUCACAAAAUACAGCCAGCAGGAAUUUGAAAGACUUCAAAAUGAAAAAGUUCUAUGUAGGGUUUGCUUUGAGGGAGAGAUAAGUGUGGUCCUACUUCCAUGCAGGCAUCGUAUCCUUUGCAGUACCUGCUGUGAGAAAUGUAAAAAAUGCCCGAUUUGCCGCGUCUCUGUUGAGGAGCGCUUACCUGUAUAUGAUGUUUAGGUUGUAGCUUGCCCCCCAUUUUGUUUUUCUAAGAGCACAAAAUGGAGUGCAUAGGGAAGGUAAAAAAUGACGUUGGGAGAAUGUUUUAAUACGGUUUCGCACUUUUCAGUGAAACUUGUUCAAAACUG